AUGCCAUUUGGUGGAAAAGUUGUUGUUCUAGGAGGUGACUUUCGGCAAAUAUUACCUGUCAUUCCUCAUGGCAGCAGACAAGAUAUAGUUCAUGCAACCAUCAAUUCUUCUCAUCUAUGGUCCUAUUGUCAUUUAUUAACUUUGACCAAGAACAUGCGUCUUAAUUCUGGAAGUAGCGCUCACAAUUUAGAGGAAAUAAAAGAAUUUUCUGAGUGGCUACUUAAAGUUGGGGAUGGUAAUCUUGGAGAUGAUGUUGAUAGAGAAUCUAUUAUAACAAUUCCAGAUGAAUUGUUGAUUAGAGAAUCGGAAGAUCCGCUGUCGGAUAUGGUUAAUUUUGUUUAUCCGAAUCUCUUGGAUAAUAUUUUGGAUCAGAUUUUCUUUAAAGAACGUGCUAUUCUAACUCCUAAAUUGUCCGAUGUUGCUAUGCUAAACGAGCACCUAAUGUCUAUGAUUCCUGGUGAAGAAAGGACUUUUUUGAGUUCAGAUAAAAUUCUUAGGCAAGGUGGGACUUCCUCUGUUGAGGAUGAUGAAAUCACCCCUGAGAUCUUAAAUACAUUAUCAUGCUCAGGGAUUCCUGAUAAUAAAUUAAUCUUGAAAGUUAAAGUUCCAGUAAUGCUAUUAAGAAAUAUUGAUCAGUCGAGAGGUUUAUGCAAUGGCACGAGAUUGCUUAUUACAAAAUUAGGGAAUCAUGUUGUUGAGGCAAUUGUACUUACAGGAAGCAAUAUAGGGGAAACUGUGUUAAUCCCUAGAAUGACGAUGAGCCCAUCGAGUCAUACAUUUCCUGUAAAUUUCCAAAGAAGACAAUUCUCCCUGAUUGUAUCGUUUGCCAUGACUAUCAACAAGAGUCAAGGACAAUCACUUUCACAUGUUGCAAUUUAUCUCCCUAAGCCUGUCUUCACUCAUGGGCAAUUAUAUGUGGCACUGUCUAGAGUAAAGAGUAAGCAUGGAUUGAAGAUAUUGAUACUUGAUGAAAAUUGCUGCGUUACGAAUAGUAGCCUUAAUAUAGUUUACAAGGAAGUAUUUCAAAGACUGCUAUAG